UAUACCUUGCUUUUGUCACUAAUAGCACCCGCACUUAUAUGAACAGCAAUAACAACCGCGGCACCGGCUGAACUCUACGUCAUCACGUCGACAUACGAAAGUUAAACCUCGCCAACACAAGACGGAGAAAUUAUCUCCAUGCAGAUCUACAAGUUUGCGGGGAAGAAGUGGGGCAAGUCAUAUCGAUCCUGGCUCGGAGAGCCGCCGUCGGGUAGAUUUGCGAGUGCGAAUACGAAUUGACUUGCUCUUCUCAGAAAUACCCCGAAGAGAACAGCUACGGAACGGCUGAUAAUAUGCACGACCCAUGUUACAACGAGAAGCUUGGAGACAGGGACAGUAGCAUUCGGUUGAGGACCGGGAAGCUAACGGAGCUAGGGUAGGAGACUAUGUAAAAGGACGACACCGCACAUGUUCAAGUACUACUAGGCUUGGAGAUAUCUGCUACUGGUUUUUUCGCCCGAUAUGAAGCUGUAUAGCUCGCUCGCUCUUGUUCCUUUGAUUUAUCAAGGCUAUGCGCUCGAUGUCGAAGCUAUAGUGAACAAAUACUACGGCAAUGAUGCAGCAUGGUACCGCGACCGGAUCCCUCUUUUCGACUCUAGCGAUCCAGAUAUCACCGAUGUCUACUACUACCGGUGGUCCAUUUUCCGCGCACAUCAACGCGACCUAGGCUCCAACGGUUACAUUUCCACCGAGUUCCUUGACGAUGUCGGGUGGCAGACUAUGCCUUGGGCUAGUCUGAACGAUGCAACUGGCUUCCAUCUCCUAGAGGGACGGUGGUGUCGCGACCGACGGUUCAAAGAAGAUUACGCGACAUUCAUGUAUAGCAGCAACAGCAACAGUCGACAAUUUUCUGAAAGCAUGGCCGCAGCCGUUUGGCAAGGGUAUCUUGUUGAUGGUGUGGUAGAGGACGUGGUUAAGAGGCUCGACGAUAUGACGAGAGUGUAUAAUGCCUGGGAUGAUUCCUACGACAAGGACAAAGGGUUGUAUUACGUUGAGCCCAUCCGGGAUGCGACGGAGUAUACAAUCUCCAGUAUAGAUUCUUCGGGUGGCUAUGAUGGCUUCUUCGGCGGCGACUCGUUCCGCCCUAGCAUAAACAGCUACCAGUACGCCAACGCCCUCGCAAUCGCCAACAUGGCGUCCUUGAAAGGUGGUUUGGAAAGCACCGUCGACAUCUACAAUUCCCGCGCCACUGCCCUCAAAACGCGCGUACAGGACGCCCUCUGGAACUCAACCUUUGACCAUUUCAUCGACCGCUAUCAAGUCAACAACACGAACGUCACAUACUGGGAUCCCAUUCGCGGCCGCGAACUGGUCGGUAUGGUCCCUUGGACCCACGACCUCCCCGACGAUACCGCAACCUACGCACAAGCUUGGUCGCACAUUCUUAACAGUAGCGAGCUAGCCGGAGAACACGGUUUGCGUACCGUGGAGCCUUCUUACGAGUACUACAUGCGACAGUACCGUUACGAAGGCCCGAACCCGGAGUGUCAGUGGAAUGGCCCUGUAUGGCCUUUCCAGAUGACUCAAGUUCUAUCCGGACUCGCCAAUUUCCUGGAUCAUUAUGCUGAGGGAAGAAAGACGGAUGUUAUUAACACUGAUGACUAUACAAACUUGCUGAGGCAAUAUGCUCAGUUGCAUCGGAACCCCGAUACUGGCAUUCUGGAUCUAGAAGAAGACUACUACCCUGACACGGGAUUACCGAUCGUAGGACUCAAGCGGAGUCAUCAUUACUUCCACUCUGGCUUCAACGACCUCGUCCUAUCGGGUCUUGUUGGAAUCCGUCCCUCAGCCAACGAUACGCUGGAAGUCUCUCCCCUGGCCUCUUCAGCGCAGAUGAAAUAUUUCCGCGCAGAACGUAUCAUAUACCACGGUCAUGAAAUUGCCGUUCAGUGGGAUGCCGACGGCUCGCACUACGACGCCACAGGUCUGCAGGUUGAGGUCGAUGGCAAGGUAGUCGCUUCAUCCCCCACGCUUUCUCGUCUUUCAGUCGACCUGGAACGAAAAGCUCCACCAGCUAUUACCCGCCGAAUCGCACAGUCAAUCCAACUCAACGCUACAACGGCGUAUCCGCGCGGUACAACAUCCGUCGGCAACACUACUCAAGCAUCUACAUAUCCUGCUAUUGACGGUCGGAUAUGGUUUUACCCCGAGCAAGAUGCUAAGAAUGGGUGGGAUACACCAGUCGGCAAUGGAAGUACAGUCUGGUUCCAAAUUGAUUUUGGCAAAACCGUCAGCAUAAGUGCGGCUGAGCUUGCAUUCUUCGCGAACGAGGAGCAAGGCUUUGCGGAGCCGACGGAUUAUAAGAUCCAGGUGCCUGGUAAUGGGGACAGUGGUGAAUGGAGUGAUGUCGAGGGCGCGACUUAUGGCGAUGUUGUCGCGAACGGCAUUACGAGUGUAGAGUGGAAGGAAGUUCAGGGGGAGCAGGUGAGAGUUAUCUUUACGCCGAAGGUGGGCAGUAAGGUUAGAAUUGCGGAAUUCAAGGUGUACUGAAUAGGGUUAUUUUGAUGGAGGCAACUGCUAGGUUUAUAUGGCUGCUGAAUGAUAUCACUUGAUUC